AUGAACGUGCAGCAAUUUAUUUCUUAUGGAUCUGUAGUUAUAUUCGUUUCGGGGGUGGUGAUAAAUAUCAUUUUCAUCUAUGUGAUUAGAAACGGAACACGAAACUCUGUCGGUCAAGUCUACAAAAAUAUCAUGACAUGCUUUGCAAUUUGCAACAUCGUGUUCGCUACGAUGGAAAUCAUUGCCAAACCUGCUAUCCACAUAUAUGGCACCUCUAUAGCUGUACUCAGCAAUGGCAUCUUUUACGGAGUGAAACCGUGGGGAUUUUUAUCACUCUGCGCGUUCAUAGGAAUGUAUGGUGUUACCACUGCUCUUCUAACCCUUCAUUUCGUCUACAGAUACAUUGUCGUUUGCAGGGCACAUUUGAUCCGUUUAUUCCACGAAACGACCUCCGUUGCUGUCGUGACUUUCUCUGUUCUUUGCUGGGGUUUUUCAUAUGGCUUUAUAACAUUCAUUUGUUUUGGUGCCAGUGAACACUACUACAAAUAUGCCAAUGCGUCGAUUUAUACAAAGUACGGGGUAGAUGCCAACGAAUUGUCCUUUUUCUGCGUCUUCACCCACGAAGUACAAGGAAACGUCACAACAAUACACUGGUCAUCUACGAUAGGCCUGGGCAUGAUCUUUAUAAUGAUGAUAAGCACAUUUGCCCUCAUGAUAGUCUGCGGCUUCCGAAUGUAUCUAACACUGAAGAAAUCUUCUUUGAGCCAAAAGUCAAUGAAGAUGCAGACUCAGCUGUUGAAAGCGUUGGUUGUACAGGCAGUCAUUCCAUUUUUCACUUCAUAUUUGUCUCGAAUUGCGAUGUAUACCAGCGUCGUUAUAGGACUUCGCCCACUUCCGAUAUACUCGUUUACUCCACUGAUAGUGACUAUUUACACCGUAUUGGAUCCCAUUGCGAUCAUGUUUUUUGUAUGCGACUAUCCGCACCUAACUGACAAUCUGAGGAAGAACUUGGGAGUCUGUAGGUGCUUUGGAGUGGGACAGCAAGUCAAGGUUACGAUGACGAAAAAUCCACCCUCACCAACAAUUUCGGCAACCAAGGAUAUUCGA